AUGGAGAACUACACGGCGUGGAGGAAUUUCAGCCAAGUUCUGUCGGAGCUGGACGGGACGAGCGGCGAGGAGGAGGAGGAGGAGGAGGAGGAGGAGGGCGGCGCGGGGCGCGGCGGGCUGCGCGUCCUGGUCGGAUGCGUCCUCUUCCUGCUCAUCGUGUCCACGCUGCUCGGGAACACGCUGGUGUGCGCAGCCGUCAUCAAGUUCCGCCACCUGCGCUCCAAAGUCACCAACUUCUUCGUGAUCUCGCUGGCCGUGUCCGACCUGUUCGUGGCCGUGCUGGUGAUGCCGUGGGAGGCCAUCACCGAGGUCACCGACGCCUGGCUGUUCGGGCGCUUCUGCGACGUGUGGAUCGCCUUCGACAUCAUGUGCUCCACCGCCUCCAUCCUCAACCUGUGCAUCAUCAGCGUGGACCGCUACUGGGCCAUCGCCAGCCCCUUCAAGUACGAGCGCAAAAUGACUCACAGGGUGGCGUUCGUCAUGAUCGGCGUGGCGUGGACGCUGUCCAUCCUCAUCUCCUUCAUCCCGGUGCAGCUGAACUGGCACCGGGCAGGCGAGGAGGAGCAGGAGGCCAUGGAGGAAGUGUUGGCCAUGAUGGCGGGAAACCUCACCAACAGCAGCAGCGGCCUCAACGUCAGCGCCGACGUGGCCAAGAGCUGCGUGGCCAACCUGAACAAGACCUACGCCAUCUCCUCGUCCUUCAUCAGCUUCUACAUCCCCGUGGUGAUCAUGAUCGCCACCUACACCCGCAUCUACCGGAUCGCUCAGACCCAAAUCCGCCGGAUCACGUCUUUGGAGCGGGCGGCGGAGCAGGCGCAGAACCAAGGCCACGGCGUGAACCGGAACCAGCAGCAGCAGCACCGACCCAACGACGAGGCCUCGCUCAAGUCGUCUUUCAAGAAGGAAACCAAAGUCCUCAAGACGCUGUCCAUCAUCAUGGGGGUGUUUGUGUUCUGCUGGCUGCCGUUCUUCGUCCUCAACUGCACCGUGCCGUUCUGCGACCCGCCGUGCGUCAGCGACACCACCUUCACCGUCUUCGUCUGGUUCGGUUGGGCCAACUCCUCCCUCAACCCGGUCAUCUACGCGUUCAACGCGGACUUCCGGCGGGCCUUCGCCACCAUCCUGGGCUGCAACCGGAUGUGCUCCAACAACGCGGUGGAGGCGGUGAACUUCAGCAACGAGCUGGUUUCUUACCACCACGACACGACGCUCCACAAGGAGGCGCUGGUUCCCGCUCAGCCUCAGCAGCACCCUCGAUCAGUCAACAUUGGGUCAGACCACCUGGAGGACAUGAGCCCGCAGUUCGACGAGGAGUCCAUCAUCUCCAACGGUUCUCCGAGCCGAGACCGGCUGUUGCUGCUUCCCGCCACCGUCCAGUUCGAGGACGAUCCAGAGAUUUCUUUGGAGACGAUCACACCGUUCACGUCGGCGGCCGGGCUGGAGAGGGACGCUCUGAUACCGGGACAGGUCCACCAGGACGGACACUGA